AUAAGAUAAAAAACUCACUUGGUGAUUUUGAUUUUAAUCCCAGUUGUUUUUUGCGUUUGUCUUGUAGGUAUCAAUUCAUUUUAUCGAGUGUUUAUACGCAUACAAUUCUCGGAAUUGUAUAGAAGAUAUUUUAGUGAACACUUAAGUUAUUAUAAUGUCAGAUCAAAGAAUAGACAUUACAAAGCCUCUAUGGGAUCAAAGCACAUUCUAUGGGAGAUUCAAGCAUUUUGCAUUCAUCUCCAAUCCAUUGUUGUCAUUGGUGUCUGAAAAAGAGUUACAUGAAGCAAAAGAGUUGUACUUCCAGUACAAAGCAGGAAAAGAACCAAGAGACACACCUAUAACAAAGGUUGUAAAGGCGAAACAACUGUAUGAAUCUGCAUUCCACCCUGACAGUGGAGAGCUGCAGAAUGUCUUUGGAAGGAUGUCAUUCCAGAUGCCCGGUGGGUGCCUUGUUACGGGGGCAAUGUUGCAGUGGUACAGAACAGCUACGGCAGUGGUAUUCUGGCAAUGGGUGAACCAGUCGUUCAACGCUCUCGUGAACUACACGAACCGCAACGCGAAUUCGCCUCUUACAACGACGCAGAUGGGCGUUGCUUAUGUUUCAGCGACUUCAGCCGCUAUGGCUACAGCGUUAACGUUCAAAUUUGUGGUGCAGAAGCGUGCUACAAAUCCCAUUUUGGCUAGAUUUGUGCCGUUCGUAGCGGUCGCUGCUGCCAACUGGGUGAACAUUCCGUUGAUGAGACAGAAUGAAAUUCUAUUAGGUCUGGAUGUGACGGACGAGGAUGGUAAAAUAAUAGGAAAAUCGCAGCUAGCUCCUGCCAAGGGAAUCUCGCAGGUCGUAACCUCCAGGAUUGUGAUGUGUGCGCCCGGCAUGCUGCUGCUACCCGUGAUCAUGGAGAGAAUCGAACACCGACCCUGGAUGCAGCGCAUCAAGUGGGCGCACGUGGGCAUACAGACCGCUAUUGUUGGCAUGUUCCUCACGUUCAUGGUGCCCACUGCGUGUGCGCUGUUCCCACAGAGAUGUAAACUGUCCAUAGACACAAUCAAGCGCUUCGAAAAGGACAAGUAUGAUGAAAUUGUCAAGAAUACUGGCGGGAAACCACCGAAAUACGUUUACUUCAACAAGGGCUUGUAAUUAAAUACAUGUUGUUAAUGAAAUACAAGUAGACGUGUAAGUAGGUAAAAAAUGAUGAUUCUUUUUGCAAUUGUUGGGUGUUUAUUACGGUUUACUCGUAUCAUGGUACUAAAAUAUUUAGUCACAGCGACUAUUUCUUAUUCUUUGAUUUGUGAGUAAUUAAA